AUGGACACUUUAAUAACAGCCAAAGCCGGGUGUUGCACCCAGGAUGCCGGGAACCCAACCCGCUAUAUACCAUCCAACGUCCCCGGCGAAAUUCGCCUCGAAUUCUCACGAGACGAGGAGCUUCUUCAUUUCAAAUGGAUCCCCCGCCGCGGUCACACCGUCGAAGGCGAAGAGUUCGACCGUAUCGUAUUCCCCGGUGACGCCAGCUUCGUUCCAUACAACAACGGCCCAAACGACGGCCGAAUAUGCGUGUUGAAGUUCCAGAGCAGCGAUCAAAGACAUAUGUUCUGGUGGCAAACAAAGAACGACGAGAGCAUUAGCGCUUCAGAACACACACGGAAGGACCGAUUGGUAGCUAGGAAGAUCGAUCAGUUAAUCCAAUCCGGUGGCGAGCUAGGUGCUAUUGCGGACGACGACGAGCUUAUGGAUAUCGACGACGAGGCGGCUCCAAGCGCUGGAGAGGGUAGCAGAAGAGGGGGUGCAGAUGGUGGUCGAGCAAGUGAACCUCAGCCAAGUGCAACAACCGAAGAACAAGCCCAACUCGACGUCGCAAGCUUAAUACGUGGUAUCUCAAUCCCCGGCGGUGGUGCCUCAUCCUCGAGACCGCAAGGAUUUCUUACUCUUCCAAGUCUACUCCAACCGAAUGUCGCGACUACAAUCCUGGAAUCUAAAGCUAUCCGUCAGAAGUUACUUGCGAACUUGCCGCCAGCGUUGACAGCAGACGUGAAGACGGAGUAUCAAGAGAAAGAGUUAUUAAGAAGGGUUCUGCACAGCCCACAGUUUUCGCAAGCGACGGCAACGUUGACUGUCGCAUUGAGAGAAGGAGGGUUAAGAGGGGUUGCCGACAGUUUGGGUGUUAAACUAGAUCUUGAGAAUGCAGGAACGCAAGGCGGGGUUGAGAUAUUUGUAUCGAGUGUUAAGAAGGAGGCGGAGAAGGAGGAUGAUGAGGGGGAUACACAGAUGUCGUGA